GACACCAAAGGAACCGCUGGUACCAAUUAGCAAUUUAGGAUUACUAUGGCUUCCAUGUUUACCAAGUAUUGUUCUAAAGUUGUCAUUACCUUCCUACUGAUUCUCCCAUUUUUGGUUUCGAGGUCGUUCGCCGGGCGCAUUGUGGUUUAUUGGGGACAAAAUGGAGGGGAGGGCACACUAACAGCAACAUGUAACACAGGAAGGUACCGGAUUGUAAACAUAGCAUUCCUCUCACAGUUCGGCAAUGGCCAGACCCCUCAAAUCAACUUAGCCGGGCACUGUGAUCCGGCGUCUAACGGCUGUCAAAAAGUGAGCACCGGCAUCAGAAACUGCCAGAACCAAGGCAUUAAGGUCUUGCUUUCGAUUGGCGGCAGCUUGGGGAGUUACACGCUACCAUCUGCAGAUGAUGCUAGAGGUGUAGCGGACUACAUAUGGAAUAACUUCUUAGGGGGGCAAUCAAACUCGAGGCCUCUAGGAGACGCCGUAUUGGAUGGCGUGGAUUUCGAUAUCGAGAGAGGUGAGAUUCAGUACGCUGCACUUGCUAGGAGGCUUUCUGAGUAUAGCCGGAGAGGUAGAAAAGUGUACUUAAGUGCAGCACCGCAAUGUCCGUUUCCUGACCAGAAACUCAAUGGUGCACUAACCACUGGCCUAUUUGACUAUGUUUGGGUUCAAUUCUACAACAAUCCACAGUGUGAAUUCACCUCUAGCAAUCCAGAUGCCUUCAAGAACUCAUGGAACAAAUGGACCUCCUCCAUACAAGCUGAUCAAUUCUUCGUGGGGCUCCCUGCUGCGCAGGCGGCUGCUGGCUCUGGCUAUGUGCCUUCAAAUGAUCUGAUAAACCAAGUUUUGCCUUUCGUUAAGAAAUCUGCAAAGUAUGGAGGUGUCAUGUUGUAUGAUAAGUUCAAUGAUGACAGAAGUGGCUAUAGUUCAAAGAUUCAAGGGAGCGUGUGAUUAAAGCCCCAACUAAAAAAUGGCUUAAAAAGUAAGUAAAAUAAAUAAGUCGUGCCUUUCCAUCAGUUUAUCGUUUCCUUUGAUAAUAAAGUGAAUGCUUUAUAUAUAUAUAUAUAGACACACACACAUAUAAAUACACACACACACACAUACGCUGUUCAAAUCUUUAAGUUUGUGAUGUCUAAUAAAUUCUUAUUUAUGUUGAAAUCCCAAGUUUAUAAUUCAAA